AUCAGGCUAAUGCCAGUGUUUCACAUUACAUUUUAAUUGCUGUGUUGCCAUAGGUACAAGGGCUGCAUGAUAUGGUACACAAAUCAGAUUGUGAUUAUUUAGUCAGACAUUAACCUACAAUUGUGAUGUCACUCAUGAUUAGUGGGACUGAUCACUCCAGCUGAGCAAAAAGACGUCAAUUCUACGUCUUUGACAUCCAAUGGAGAGCCAGAAUGAACGUUUUUGUGACAUCUGUUCUAGAUGUCCAAGUGACAUCUUUAAAAAGUUUUUACAAAGUAAUAUAAACAUCUUUUGAACUUCAGUCGCAUAUGUCUUCUUGUUGUUCAUAAUUUAAGUUUUUAUGACAGCAACAUUUUACUCUGCGCAGCAAAAUCUACAGGCCGGAUUUGAACACUUGAACCUCGACCUCAGCACGAGGCAUGCCCUUUACCAGGAGAUCUACUUAUCAGCUUUUUUAUAUACAACGUUUUGGUUAUCCCACUUUGGAACACUGCCUACCGGAUUGAGGUUAGAUGACCAAAGCAUGCCUUUUAAUAUAUAGCUGAUAAGCAGCCCUCCUGGUAAAGAGCAUGCCUCAUGCAGGCUGUUUAGUUCGGGGUUCAAAUCCACCCCGUAAGUUCGAACAUAUGUUUUCUUACAUGUUGAGAACAACAUCUGUAGGCCAGAGCAUCUCUGCAGCUCUGCGGUACUUCAUUAGAAUGCUGGUUUGUCACAAUACAGAGUUGCAGCUUCUAGCAAUUUGGAUAAUUAACUUAAUGCUACACAGGCCUAAUAGAUAUAGAAAUGUCGAUACAGCAAUUGUGAUCUGACUUGUGUCUGUGCAGUCGGCAUAUUCGGGCGGUUAACAGUGUUGUUUAAUAUAUUCUUAAACAGCACAUCAGAUUUUUUGGUGUGUGCCUGAAAACUUGUUAGUGUUGUCAAAAAUCAAAACAUCAUAAAUAUUAAUACUGAAUAUUUAAAAUGGUCUCACUACCCAUUUUCUGCAGUGACUAUUCUCCUGUACUCGCUGUUUAUUUCCAGUUUGUCCAAGACAGGGAACCGUUUGACUCCAGCCUCCACAUAUUCAACCUGAAAUGCUUGAGAGCACUCGUGAGGUUUACUGUACCCUCAGCUGAGAUGCUUUGGUUGCUAUGAUACAUACAGAAUAUCUGUAGAAAAUAGAACAUGGCAGUGCGAGGUAAAGUACUUGCUCUGGAUAAAGAGAAAGAUAAAAAAAAAACAUUUGGUUCAAGAGCUGAAGUUUGGAUGGAGUCCAGGUCAAGGAUUACGGUUGUGCGAGCAGGGCACAGUCUGAAGUGUUGCUUUGGAAACCUGGACCCUCCACAUUAAGGACAGACACAAGUUACUCUCGCCUCAAAUGCCAGUGAAGAGGCACACAACACCUUGAAGAGCAGAAGCAUGUGUAUAGUUGCCAUGUUUAUCGAUCCAGGAGGACGGUGGAGUGUACACUUGGGAUCCAGUGGAGACUCAACCUAAUGUGCUGCUGAGAUACAGAGCUAGCAUGCUAAUCAGCUAGCCCUAGUGUUAACACCAGCACUCCUCUGUUGCUCUGAGCCCCAAGUCUGGACCACUAAAUGCACGGCUAAGAAAGCUAAAAAGCUAAUGGAAGCUACAGUUAGCUUCAGUUAGCGGUUCCUCCUGUGAUAUGAUGCCGCCUUAACGUUUGUGAUAACGGAAUUCAACAGCUGGCCAAGUCUUAUGUAUUGCACUUUUAGGUAUAAUCACGAGCCUUCUGUGCAAAUGAGACAUUACUAAAGUUGUGUCCUUUGCGAAGUGGAACAUAUCACAUCAUCUGAAACUGAGAAUUGUGUUUUUUCGUUUCCUUAAAAUGAACCUUGUAUAUCUUCAGAGGAAGUGAGUCAGAGGCCCAGAGCCUGGCUCUAGUGCUGCAGGUUUAAGGACACUUCCAGAUGUAUUUUAAGCAGCUUUAAAGGACCCAAAACAGCUGGAUUAAUGUCAAAUUGUCCAUAUGUUAAUCUGGAUAACUCAGUACUGCAUGAAAAACAGGUUUACUAGUGGAAAGGAUGCAUCGCAGAUGACUGGAAACCAAAAAACACACCAUGUCCCUCAGUCCUCCUGAAAGACAAACCUAUUUUUCUAACGUUUUAAAUGCACCAACAGGAAACUGAAACAUGCACAUGCCAAGUGAAAAAGCUAGAAAUGACUCUUGUGUUGUUUUCCAGUCACAACACUGCCUCCCGCUCCCAGGGAUAUACACACAGGGUUGUGUAUAUUUUGGUUAGCACGUUGGGCUAAAGCAGCCACACUUCCUCACUGAGGCAGAUUAUGAAACGUGGUGUGGUUGGCUCCAGCUGGCGUUGUUUUGGGUGAAGGUGGGAGGAGCAGCGUAUCGCGAGCGCAGAUCUACAAGCAGUGCGCUCAGACCCCCGUCACCUUCACGGGGAGGUCGCACCGCUCUCAGAUCAGUUGCAGCGCUCCCCCGUCUCACCUCGGUCGACCUACCGCUUGUCCUCUACAUGGACUGCGCGUUUCAAGCCCCACCAGCAGCCGUGGCGUCGACAUGGACGGGCUCAUACUGUAGCUGCGCGCUCGCUCGUGCUGUCAGGUUCUUCUUAUGGCCGGAGCUUGCUGCAAGUGUCCGCUCUCUCUGUCCGUUCUCAAGCGCUCUCUCUCGGUGGCGCCGCGCGGCUGCGGCUCCGCUCCUCGGUCCCUCCCUCUGGGCUGGAGGCUCGGGGAGCGGGGCCUGCAGGAGGCCGCCCGACCCUCCAGCGCCCUCAGACCCGCAGCGUCUUACCGACACACGGCCUUCCUCUGUCUCUCCUGCCAGGAGUCCAUGAGCGAGAGUCUGCGGACCUGCUACCUGUACCUGAACCAGACCAGCCGGAGCUUCGCCGCCGUGAUUCAGGCGCUGGACGGAGAGCUGAGGCAUGCAGUUUGUAUUUUCUACCUGGUGCUGCGAGCGCUGGAUACGGUGGAGGACGAUAUGACCAUCCCUCUGGACAAGAAGGUCCCCAUGCUGAACGAUUUCCACACCUACCUGUACCAGGACGAGUGGUGCUUCACUGAGAGCCAGGAGAAGGACCGACAGGUUCUGGAGGAUUUCCCCACGAUAUCACUGGAAUUCAGAAACCUCGCUCAGGAGUACAGAGACGUCAUCUCGGACAUCUGCCACCGUAUGGGAGUGGGGAUGGCCGAAUUCCUGGAAAAGAAAGUGGGAUCCAUGAAGGAGUGGGACCUGUAUUGCCAUUACGUUGCCGGGCUGGUCGGUGUCGGUCUGUCUCAGCUGUUCUCUGCGUCUAAGCUGGAGGACCCCGAGGUGGGCCGGGACACCGAGCUCGCCAACUCCAUGGGCCUGUUCCUCCAGAAGACGAACAUCAUCAGAGACUAUCUGGAGGACACGCAGCAGGGACGUGCUUUCUGGCCACAAGAGGCUUGGAGUCAGUUUGCGGGUCGUCUCGAGGACUUGGCCCAUCCCGAGAAGCUGGAGUCUGCGCUCUCCUGUCUCAACCUGCUGGUCACUGAUGCUCUGCGGCACGUCCCCGAUGUUAUCGCCUACCUGUCCCGCCUGCACAACCAGAGCGUGUUCAAUUUCUGCGCCAUUCCUCAGGUGAUGGCAAUAGCUACACUCUCGUCAUGCUACAACAACCCCAUGGUGUUCCAGGGAGUCGUGAAGAUCAGAAAGGGACAGGCUGUCACGCUCAUGAUGGAAGCCACCAACAUGGGCGCGGUGCAGACCAUCAUCGCCCAGUACAGCCAGGAGAUUGUACAGAAGGUCUCCCUCACCGACCCGUCACGGGACAAGACCCUGCACAUCCUGGCUGUCAUCAGGGACAAGUCGGCUCUGUCGCAGUCCAGCCUCCCCACCAGGACCCACCACCUGUCGCCCAUGUACCUGUCUGCUGCCAUGCUGCUCGCCGCCCUCAGCUGGCAGUACCUCAGCACCACUGCAGCGCAGGCGCAGGGCACCGGAGACAUGCACGGACAGUGAAACCACUGAAUCAGAAAACCAGUUUGCCCAAACUGGAGGUCCGAGUCUGAAGCACUUCUUCACACUUUGCCCUCUUCAUUAUGGCCAUCACAGGACCAUGGACAUGUUUAGACUGUGGAGGGCGUCUGGUGGCAGGCUGGGCUCAUUUGGAUUCGAUAUUGAUUUAGAGUCCAUCCUGCAAACAGAUAAAUUAUUUACGCACAGUGUUGUGUGGUUAUAUUCACCAGCAUAAAUGACACAUCGAAACAAUUCAGGGUGUUUGAUUGUUUCAUGUUUAUGUUGAUACCGUGUUCUUCUCUUUUCUUUUUUUUUGUUCAGUUUAAUUUCUUUUAACCAUGUUGACCAUUUUAAUUGAGUGUAAUGAUUCAGAAUAUUUGAACCUAUCAGGAUAGGAGUUAACAGGUAAUUGAUGGUUAAAGUAACACUAUUUAACUUUUAAAGUAACUCUAGAGAAAGGUCGUUGAUUGUUGACUCAUUCCAAGGUCGUCAAAUAGCCACGCUUUGUGUUACUAGUCUUGGUCUGACUCCAAAGACCCGAUUUGGUAUUUCGUUUCGCAUGAAACUGGUGUCAGCUUGGAUCAACUCCAGCCCCCCAUGACCAUGCAAAGGACAAGUGACUACAUCUGAUGGAUGGAUGGAUGGAUGGAUGGAUGGAUGGAUGGAUGGAGAAUCGACUAUCAACUAUCUUUCUGCAGAAAGCUAUGGUGUUGCUUUAAAUAUGCUGUCACAAUGAAAUGCAACACUGCCUGUUCUAGGAUUUGCUCAUCAAACCUCAUCAAGUUUUUGUUUAAUUUAGUGUCAACUCUUUGUCUCUGUCUUCAUGUCAGAUAAGUAACUAGCUUAAUAUUUCCACUUGUUAUGUUUCUACAGCAGAAACAGAACACAAAUGAAUUCACAGUAGAUGAACUGUAUGUUAGCAUCCACGUACAGGAGAAUUUAGUCUCAACAUUUUUUAUGUCUGUGUUUUGCUUCAACUCUCGCAGAUGGGGAAGAAAACAGGAACAAAAAGAACAGUGCAGUUCCGAGGUAGCUUCGAUGCGGACUGUUUAAAUGAAUGAAAAAGACAAAUGUAAUUUCUGAUACAUUUGAUAUCUGAAAGAAAUGCAUAUUAAGACUGCUAGCUAAAGUGUCCUUAACGCAGCUUUGGUGAGUAGAAAGGCUAGCACAGAGUAACCUUGUACAGAACCAAAGGAGAGCUACAAACAUUGCUAUGUAAUGUGACAUUUUGAUUUGUACAUAUUUGAACAAAUAAAGAGGUGAAAGAAUC